AUGCAGCACAGCCCCGAAGAAAAAAAGGUGGCAGUUAUUCCAGGUAAAGGUGUAACAGUGGAGGACUUAUCCGAAUCAUUAAAGACUAAGACGAAACGUAAUAAAACGAAAAAACAAAAAAAAAAGAUCGUCGAUGAUGAAAGCACUUCCUGCAGUGAUUUAGAAGAAUGGAGGGAAGCAGUUUUGAAUACUGCAAACUCAUCAUGCGAUGACAAUAAUGAGUUCGACACAGUGUUUUUUGAUGAUGUUCAUGACAUGUUUCCUGAUGAUGAUGAAAGAUCGGCGUCACCACGUAUAACUAACAUCCCACAUAAUGAGAACCAAGAAAAUGAAGAUCCACUCAAUGUAGACCAAUCGGUCUAUACUGACGAACAAUUUAAAGUUUCUGUACCUAGUGAUGGUGGUGCUGAUUGCUCUAAAGAUAUCGAUACAGAAAUUGUAAAUAAUUCGGAGAUUUCACCAGAUUCUUUUGUUGUUGUCGAAUUACUCUACAAUGAGAAUAUGAAAAAACAAACUGAAAAGAAGUUUAUUGCUCAAGUUACGAACAUGGUUAGCGACGGAAAAGUGACCUGUCGCUUCAUGAGAUGUUUUUCAGCUACAAAGGGUAUUUACAUAUUUCCAGCAGUGGAUGACAUGAUGACAAUUGACACUUCUCGAAUAAUAAAUACAAUUAAGCCCACUCAAGUGAAAAGGGGAAAAUACAUUUUUAAUAUUAAUAUUUAA